CACAACUCUCGACGCCUCGGUCAACGUCGCACGCACGGCGCUGGACAACUUCAAUGGCCUUUGUCUCUGCUCAUCCUACCAUCAAAAUGUUCACCGCUCGCGCUCUCCGCCCUCUGUCUCAAACUCCGCGCCUCGCGCGGGUGCGCUUCAACUCGGCGCAGGCGCGCCUUCCCAUCCCUCAAGGCGCGCAGCACGGCAAGACGCUUCUGCUGCUCGGCGCCGCGAGCGCGGCCCUCGUGGCCGCCGCGACCACUGCGUUUGAGCUGCGCCGCACGCGCGUCCACGGCGCUGGGGAGGUGCAGGACGCCGUCGACGACGUGGCCGAUGCCGCCGCUGAGAAGGUCGAGGACGCCAAGGCCGCGGCUGCCGACACGGCCGAUAGUGUGAAGAGCAAGGUCUCGGAUGCUGUUGAUUCCGCAAAGGCCCAUGCGGCGGAUGCCGCCGGUAAGGUGCAGGAUGCGGCAGCGCAGGCGCGGGGCAAGGCUGAGGAUGCUGUGGCUGCGGCCAAGUCCAAGGUUGCGUCGGCGACGGGGCGUGUCCAGGACGCCGCUGAAGACACUAAGCAGGCGGCGCUCGAGAAGCUGCGCAAGGCCGCUGAGCCGCUCGCGGGCCUGCCGGGCGCUGACUCGGUCAUCGCGGACCUUGAGGCGAGGGCAGCUUCAGUUGUGGGCGCUGCCGGGGACAAGGCAUCUGAUGCGAAGAAGGCGGUACUUGAGAAGAUGCGUGCGGCUGCCGAGCCCCUCGCCGGCCUGGAGGGCGCUGACACGGUCAUCGCGGAUCUCAUGGCGCAGGCCGAGAGGGCACUGGAGAACUGGACGCCGAAGAAGUAAGCGACAACAAUAUCACGAGUCGAAUAUCACAUGCACC